AUGCCCUCGAGACGGCUGAUCGGCUCAAUUCUUCUCACGCUCGUUAUUCUUGCGUCUGCGGAGGAAGAGGGCUACAACUGUCGGUACUGCCGACGUCUGGUGGAGCGCAGGAACAUUGUGACGAUGAAGGAGAGAGAGAAAGGGAUUAACAGGGAGAUCAAGUUGGCCGAAUAUGAAGAUGUAAGCGGAGAGGUUCAAUUCAGCUUUUUGGGAAGUGCUCCAAGUGCGACGCUCCGAUUUUCUUUAAAUUUUGAACACGUUUCGGGUAUAGGGCAUAUAUCAGAUUAUGAAAAUUUUAGCUCGCGUUUUUCAGGGAGAGCCGAGAUAUUGAACGAUCUUUGCGGCGGAGAGAGUACGAGAAAUGAGGAGAGCGGCCAGAGAGAAAAACUUCAUGGCCAUAUCUUGGACAGUGUUGGGCGGAAAAAACUAUUUUUUAGUGGAAAUUAGUAUCAAUAAGAGGUCUUCCCUUCUAAGACAAAUGCUAGAUUCCUAGGUCGCGCUUUGCAGAAACAACCGAGAUUUUUUUUUUAUUUUUGGGCCAAAAGCUAUUAAAAAACCUCUAAAUUUGGUCCAAGCUUUAUCAAAAUAUGAGCGUUUUACUUCUGGCACAUCACCUGUUUCUUGACCAUAUCGUAUUUCCACUACGUAUAUGUACACUUUAUUUUUUCAGGCUCUAAACUACUGCCAUGUCCGAAAUCAGGACUGUAAUCGGAUACAAGACGUUUUCAAUGCAAUGGUCGACGCAAAUUCCCAUGGUGCCAUUAUCAACAGCAAGAUCUAUUGUAAAACAAUCUGUCAUAUCAAGGAAACUGUCCGAAGCAUUCCGAAUAUUUACUGA